AUGGAAUCUUCUCAACAGAUUUCCGAAGAAUGGGGUUCUCUUUGUGGAUUGCACACAACUGAAGAAGCUGACUUUAUGGCUCAGUUGUUUGGUGGUACUCACUGUUCUGUCACAGAAAAGCACCACGGAAAUACCACUUUUGGCUUUUGGCCGGCCCAUGAAUCCACAACAGUGACCAUGAAAGCCACUAAUAGCAACUCAUACUUCCUUCCAAAUGUUACAGACAUUAAUUUAUGUUUCUCACAAGGGAGUAGCUCCAGCAUUGACAGUGGUAAUAGUGUAUUGUCCACUACAAGUAGUGGACCCUACUACUGUGAUCCAGCAACAAACUUUGACUCUGUGUCCAUGGCCUUUUUCCUGGGAGAUGCUCAAUUCAGUCCCCAUAGUUUUCACUGUUAUGAUAACUCAAUAAAUGAAAACACUGAUGAAGAGUCAAGUCUAGACCCAGUAGCUCUUGCUGACAACAAUUUGCAGGCUAAGAGGGAGUAUGAGAUGAUGGUUUCUGAAUAUGCACACGAGGACAGAAGUGAAAACCUGGAGAAUCUAACAAAAAGGCUUAGGAACUCAAAAGAGGUCUCAAAAACAUUGAGGAAUACCAAGUUGAAGAAAAAUUCAAAAUCUGCUUCGAUGAACAAGAAUGAAGAUGACAGAAGCUUGAACCUCGAAGGGCUCGGCUGUUUUUCACAGGGUGACUCUAAUGCUUCUCUGAAGCCAAAUGGAGGAGCAUUGAAAGAUCCUGCACCUCCCAGUUUGCUUAGAAAAUCAAGAGCAACUAAGGGUCCUGCUACUGAUCCACAGAGCCUCUAUGCAAGAAAGAGAAGAGAAAGAAUAAAUGAAAGGCUGAGAAUACUGCAAAAUCUUGUCCCCAACGGAACUAAGGUGGAUAUCAGCACCAUGCUUGAUGAAGCAGUGCAAUACGUUAAGUUUUUACAGCUCCAAAUCAAGCUUCUGAGCUCUGACGAUAUGUGGAUGUAUGCCCCAAUUGCUUACAAUGGUAUAAACAUUGGACUUGACCUCAGUAUUUCUCCAACCAAAGGAAGAUGAAUUAAUGUGAUAGUAUAGCAAUUAAAGAGGUUACAACAUUUCAUUAACUUAGAUUGUCUCUGUAUGAUGUUUUAGUCUAUUCAUUUCUGUAAUGCCACUCAAUC